CCCCUAAGCGUGCCGUGCUGUUUGUUGAUAAGUUAUGAGGGUGGUUUUUUUGUUUCGUUUGUUACGCGCGUUUUUCUUAUCACGAUUAUAUUUCACAAUCUUCACUCGAAAGCUUUCCGUGACCGUGUCGUUUGGGUCUUUCGGUAAAGUCACGUUACGUGUGUUUUAAUAGUAAAAUUAAAAAACAAAUAACAACCGACGACGUUUCGAUCGCGACACAAGCGGUCGUCAUCGGGACGAAGUUUAAAAGACGACCGGACGCUUGCGUCGCGAUCGAAGCGAAGUUUUAGUUUAGUUUAGUUUUUUGUGUGUGUGUUCUUCUCUUUGAACGUAUUUACUUGACGUUACAGAAAAUCCCUGAAGAAAAGUAAAUAAAACGCAUGAAUGUUAUUUCACUCUCCCACGCAAUGUACAUUGGCGGCGCGCAUGGGAAUAUUUCCUGCAAGCGAUGGAGACUUUUUCGACUUACGUAGUUAGUAGUUAGUUAGUACUUUGCUUUGUACAUUGACUCUCAUCGGCUAUAUUAGAUCCUCGAGACGUAUUUAUAUUAGGGUAGGGAGAGAGGCUUUGUGACCGAUGUGCAAUCGAUGGCACGUGAAUGUUUGAAAGAGGAGGAGGAGGGGGGCCCCUCACUGCGUGGUUGUCUUGUACACGUUUAGCUGGCAACCAAAACUGUGCUCUCGCUUCGCGUGCUGGGAGUCGUCGCGCUGUGUGUGCAUGGAAAUUGGGGCACGGGGCUCUUCAAAUCGCCUGUUGGAAGCAGCAGGAGACGGGGAAGAUAAACAAUUGCCAAGUGAGGGUCAACAGGCUUCGACAGUAGACCGACAACGCUCAGCAUGGGUGAUGUCGUGUCAACCAACACACCUGCGGUGUCCACAAGUAAAUGCCCCACGGCAAGAGGCACAGAUGAUGUGGUUUUGGCAGUUGUGGUCGUGAUGACUGUGAUCGUUAUCCUGUGCCUGCUGGGCGUAGUUUUGUCCUACUUCCUACGGCACAAGGGUACCUACCGCACGCAGGAGGGCAAGUUCCAGCCUGGCAUUGGGCAAGGCACAGCACUGCAAGCGGUAGAGGACAACUGUGAGGGACUGGAAGAAAACAUGAAGGAGUACUUUCUGUGACGACACAUUGGCCAAGCCUUGAAUGGCAUUUUAAAACUAAGGCGCUGUAUUGUUUCUGACCUUUAUUAAAUAUGCUACCCGCAUACAUUUUCAAACUGAAGGGUGUGGGGAGGGUGGAGUGGUUUCUAUACUUGUGAUGUUUUUUUCUAAUGUAUUUCCAAUUAACUUAAAAUGUAGUAUUUCUGAAUUUUGUAGAUACACAUUUUAGACGUUUUAUAACAUCGGGUGUUUUCAAAUAAUUUGGUAACAACCGUGUUCGUUUUUGUACCGUUGUCUAAAACUGAAAAGCCUUAUUUAUAGACUUCGUUCGGCAUUUGCUUAUUUCUACGGAUGUUUUCCCUCUAAUAAAGCAUCGUUGUUAAAGUACAAUGAACAGUCUAUAUGACACAGUUUAACGCAUAAUAAAUGGUAUUGCAUUUGUAAAGCGA